GCCCCCAUUCAUUUCCUGAGAACUACCCAGAGCAGCUGAGAGGAGCUGAGCAGAGGGGAGGGAGUCUCAGAGAGCGAGCGAGGAGAGGAAGACACAGAGAGAGAGAGAGAGAGAGAGAGAGAGAGAGAGAGAGAGAGUGAGAGAGAGAGCGAGAGAGGGAGAGAGGGAGAGAGAGCGGACUGUAUAAGGAAAACAGUUUCUACCUCUCUGCGGCUCCUGAUCAGACUCCAUCAAUAACAGGAUGUUAAUGCUUGACGGAAUGCCAGCAGUCCGAGUCAAAGCAGAGCCUCUGGAAUCUGAGAGAGGGUCCCCUAAAGUGCACAGCUACUCUGGUAUGGAGGUGCCACUUCUCCUUAGCAAAGUGAAGGCAGAGCCACCAGAGGACCUUCUGUCUUCUGAACACUUUCACACUCAGACAGAACCAGUGGACCUGUCAAUCAACAAAACUCGAUCUUCACCUCCUUCCUCCACAGCCUCGCCCAUCACUUCAGCCUUUACUCAAUCUUCAUCUUCGCCCUCUGUCAUCGCCUCCAUCACUUCAGGAAAGCCCUCAGUGUUGACUUCUGGGCCUCUAGUGGGCUCUUCGUCGGGUGUCCGAGGCCAGUCAUAUUUACACAUUAUCCACCCAGUGCCGCCUUCCAGCCCUAGCAAACUGGCCAGGCAGAUGCAGCGCAUCCCGGUGGUGGUACAAUCACUGCCUCUAAUGUACAGCACAGCGGUGCGUUCGCCCUCCAACCAUCUCAACUCCACCAUCAUGGUCCCUCUCCUGGAUGAGGCCUUGAGCCAGGGCAAAGCACAAUCAGACCUAAAUGGCUUGUCACCAAGACAGAUCAGAAGUGACAGUGAUGAUGACGACCUGCCAAAUGUAACCUUGGACAGCGUCAAUGAAACAGGAUCCACUGCGCUGUCUAUAGCACGAGCAGUGCAGGAUUCCAUGUCACCGUUCAGUAUUGAGAGCAUGCGACGGCCGCGGCGGUCUGAGUCUCCAGACUCCAAGAAGAGGCGCAUUCACAGAUGUGACUUUGACGGCUGCAAUAAGGUUUACACUAAGAGCUCCCACCUAAAAGCACAUCGGAGAACACACACGGGUGAGAAGCCGUACAAGUGUACCUGGGAUGGCUGCACAUGGAAGUUUGCACGCUCUGAUGAGUUGACGCGGCAUUAUCGGAAACAUACGGGGGUGAAGCCUUUCAAGUGUGCGGACUGUGAUCGCAGCUUCUCACGCUCAGACCACCUGGCCCUGCACCGGCGUAGACACAUGCUGGUCUGAGUGAUGACCACUUCACACACUCCCGCUCUUUCCCAUACACACACACACGUGCGCAUGCAUGCUAGGGGAGCUGGGUCUCUCCUUACACUUGUUCAGCUGGGCUGGACACAGUCAUGGCUAAUUCAGGCCCUGGAGAAAAGCAAGAGGGAGAAGAAGUUUAAAAGCUGUGUGAUGGAAGGAAUGUGCUGAUAGAGCUGAACAGAGUCUGCCCCAAGAAUGGUGCAAAGCUGGGCUCAUCAAGUUUUAGGACUUUUUGAACUGAAGCUCUUGUUAAGAUCCCGAUUGUUAGUUCUUGUUUAAAAGUUCUUCAGUCUGCAACUUUUUAUUUUUUUAUUUAGCAUUCAUGUUUUGUUCUCAUUGAAAAUGUCUGCUUCCCUUUCACCAUCAACAAUGUGAAGAAGUACAGAAUUAAAUGGCUUCCUCUUUUGAGAUCUGAAGCUUGACAUUAUAGACACAUCCAAGUUCCUACAGGAACAAUGUGAUCAUAAAUCUUGAUUUCCUUCUAAACCAGCACACCUAAUUGUGAGAAGUUUCUCUGGUAACAGAGCAGAAACUCUGAGUCAGCGAUUGCUAAAGCGAGGUGGCUGGAGAUGUUUCAUAAUACCACAAAGUCCACAAAUCAUCAAAUGAGAUUAUACACACAGCAGGUGACACAUCACAGGAAUCAUGCAGUUUGUAUAUUAGAUUUUGUUUUCCCCUGAUCUUGGUUUUCACACUUAAACUAUUUUUUGCAGCAAAGGCAAUGAAGUAUAUGGGGUACAUUUUGCUUUAAGAGCUAUCUGGCAUUUUGCUGUGCUUUCUGUUGACAAACAGGGACAUAUAACAAGGCAUUCAGUCCUGUGAUUAGACAGUAAAUGCAUUUGUACUCCAUUCACUUGAUUUGAUGUUUCAACUUUUUCCAUAGCUUGGGCCUUUUCUAAAUCUUGCUGUGUCACAGCUUUAAUUUAGGCCCUGAAGUAAACUAGUACAAUAGAGCACUAUGUUCAACACUGACCUCUACCAAGUUUGACUGGCUGACAAAGCUUAAAAAAAAAGCUUCUCUUAACACGGGCCUUUAUUAUUUUGUUUUUACUUGAACUGAAAAUACAAGCCAGGAGAGCAAUACACUCAUUCUAGAGUGACAGGAGAGGGAGAAGGCCUCAUGGCUGUCUCACUUACUCCAUCAACAGAGGGCUUUCAAAACAAGAACACAAUGCUGACUUUCUACCAUCGCCACACGUUUUUCUAUACUAGAGAAUCUUGUAUAUUUGUAAUGGAUUUGUAGCUCUAAUUUUUAAAAAUAGCAAUAGCAUAUUGCUAUUUUAGUCUCACACUUAGAGGAUUUGAUUGCACUCAAAAAAGAGCCAUUAUGUGUGGCACUGCAGGGUUGCCCAAAUUAAACUCUUUUUUUUUUUUUUUUUUUUUUUUUUUUGCCAUAAACUCUGUACAAAUGUAUAUAGACACACAGGCACACACACACUUGCACAAAUAAUGCACAAGUAGGAUUUAGGGCAUUUCACGACAAUACCUCUGGUAAUUUAUAUCAUUUCAAUUUUUCUUAAUUACCAGAUUCCUUUUGUCACUGCAAUUAUACUAUAUAUAUAUAUAUAUAUAUAUAUAUAUAUAUAUAUAUAUACUGUAUAUAGUGCAUUACUUUUUUCUAGUGCACUAAACAGUAGCAGUCUCACCUUCAGCCUGCAUCCAAAAUACAAAUAGUCCACUAGAGGGCGAUCUGCAAACAAAAGUUCAGUAAAUGACAAAUGACAAAUGACCAGCCCAAACAGAAACAAGUCUUGUUUGUAUGUUCAUAUUUGUAUCAGUGAUAUGUUCUCGUGCUCAAUGAAAAGGUUAUGAAAGAAUUCAAAGUAUCAGAGCUGUUAGAUGUCAGUUUGCUCAUCUCUGGUGGGAAUGUCAGAUUGGUGUGAAAGCACUUUCAUAUGGCCAGUACAAGCCUCAGUUUAUGUGUAGGUAUAUAUAUAUAUAUAUAUAUAUAUAUAUAUAUAUAUAUAUAUAUACACCUUUUCUCACUCAUGUGCACUGCUGUUGGAGUAUUAUCAACAAACAAAUUUACAACGCAGUUUUGUGAAAUGCUCUAAAAGGAAUGUCCAUUACAAAACUAAGGUGACCAAUGCCACCUUGCUUUCUUUUUUUUCCUCUGAAGUAUUAUAAUCUAUUCAGUUUUUGUUUGUUUGUUUUUUUUGUUUGUCUACACAUGCGUGUUUCCUGGGGUACAUGGGCUCAAGUGUAUCAUCAGCACCUUGGUUUUAUGAAGAAUGAAUAUGAAUCGAACUCUAUUCAGUUAGACGUAACAUUAAUCACCAGUGUAUUUUAUCAUCUUAUACUGUAUUUUUGAGAACUUUCGCUUCAGUGUGGGGCACUUCAUUUGCAUAUUGCUAUUUUAUGUAAGAAAAAAGGGGGAAAGAAGAAAGAAAUCUUUGAAAAUGUUGUAAUAUAUGUGAAAGUGAAAGUUAUUACUCAGUUUUGAAGGCUGUAAAUACCUAUUUAAAAUAGGGCUUUUUAUUCUGUUUUUUUUUUUUUUUUUUUUAAUACAAGGGAUUAACUUUAUACAGCUACAGUACAGAGAUGAUCUUUACCUAUAAGUACACAGUGUAUAAUGGGGCUGUGUGGGAGAGUGUUUGAGGUCUUGUCAUCUUUAAAUGCUCCUGUUCCCUUUGAUUAAUGUGUAGAGGUAAAAUAAUCCAUCUAAAUGUAUGCAGUGUUGAGGAGCAGCUGCCUAUGUGCACAUUUCAGCUAUUUCUAAUACUCUCUUAAGUGUUUUUAUAACAAUAAUGACAAAAUAUACAGGAAAAAAGCAACCCAGUCAAAUGAAUGUCCCUUUCUAUUCAGUAUUGAAGAGCCAUCAGCAUUUUUUCCUCUUUGCUGUUUUUUUUAAUUGUAUUUAUUUAUUUUUUAUUCUGUACUGAUAUCAGUUAAAUUUGUAUUUGGCAUCAUUUCUGCUCCUGUACAGUCAAAAUGUUUGCCUAUUAAAUGUAUUAACAAAAUCAGUUUUAAAAAGACAAUGAUAAUGAGAAAAUGUUAUUGUAAUCUGUAAGGGAGCUCUUUUUUUUUUUUUUUUUUUUUAAGAAAAGAAAAGUAUUACGUUCUGCUCUGGCAUUCUUGUGCUUUCUGUCGCAUAAUUUUGUAACGGUGAACAGGGUCAAAGUUAUGCAAUAAUAGACGAGUGCCUGACAUAUAAUACAAGAAGCACAUACAGAAAGGCAAAAGAUGCCAUAAGCACAAAAAGUGCAUCCGGUACCAAUAAAGCUGUACAAAACUACCCAAACUAAUGUACAGUAAAAGCCUGUUUGUAAUGCACUGAGCCUUAUGGACCAUUUGAAGACAACAUUUUAAGUGAAAGCUGUGAACAUUUGCCCAUUAAUCACAUUGUGAGCAAUGCUGUAUGUGCCUCCUUGGGAGGGUUUGGAUGAAUACCUUAACACUUACAAUAUCAGCUUGACUUAAGGAUACAGUUUCUCCAUAAUUAAGGUGGACUUUUACCUCUUUAAAAUCACACAGACCUGAAUUAGAGUAUACAGAGUGGACCUACAGCACAAAAAAGACUGUCGCUUUGCUAAUUCCUCUGUGAACACUUGUUUCUGAUUUGUAUUCAGUUCUAUUCUGUACAGUAUUGCCUCAGUUUCAAUAUCAACUUCAUUUCUUAAUCAAAAUAUUUUACAUUAUUUUGUCUUUUAUUUCAGAUAUUCUGUGAUUAUCGGUCUUGUAUUUAUGUAUAGUGUAUGUGUAUUGUAAAUAUAUAUUUCAGAGCUUUUCAAUUUACUGCAGAGUUGUGACAUUUUCUUUUCUUUCUUUCUUUUUCUUUUUUUUUGGGGGGGUUUGCCCUGCUUCGCUUUGAAAGGGAAUUCCUUCACACUGAAAUCUAUCACAGAAUGUCUUCAUUUAAAAAGAAAAUUAAAAGAAAAGUGUUUAUUCUUUAUUUGAAUUCUCCAGAUGGUGUCUAGAUAUUAUGUGCUUUCGGUUUUUCUCUGUAGUUUCCUUUUAUUUCCUAAAGAUUUGAGCUGUGAAUUUAAAUUGAGUUUUAACAUGAUACUUGUAUCAUAAUCUAAUUGGAGGCAUGGAAGUUAAUAAAGUUGAAAUUUUGUAUGGAAGACACAUGA